GUAGUACAGCGCCGGUGGUGAAGCCACCGAGAGGCUCACGCAGCACAAUGCCAGCUCUGCCCCUGGAUCAACUGCAGAUCACCCUCAAGGACCCGAAGACAGGAAAGCAGAGGACUUUACCAGCGCUGAGCCGGGAGCAGAAAGCAGACCGGUAUUUUGUGUUAUACAAACCGCCUCCUAAAGACAACAUUCCGGCCCUAGUGGAGGAGUACCUGGAACGCGCCACCUUCAUAGCCAAGGACUUGGACUGGCUCCUGGCCUUGCCUCACGAUAAAUUCUGGUGCCAGGUAAUCUUUGAUGAGACCCUGCAAAAGUGUCUAGACUCCUACCUGCGCUAUGUCCCCCGUAAAUUCGACAAGUGGGUGGCCCCGAUCCCUGAGGUUGCUGAAAUGCAAAAACAGCUACAUCGGAGUGUUUUCCUCACCUUCCUCCGCAUGUCCACACACAAGGAAUCCAAAGAUCACUUCAUUUCUUCUUCUGCAUUUGGAGAAAUCCUCUAUAAUAACUUCCUCUUUGACAUCCCAAAGAUCCUGGACCUCUGUGUGCUCUUUGGAAAAGGCAACUCGACACUACUCCAGAAAAUGAUAGGAAAUAUCUUUAUCCAGCAACCAAGUUACUAUAAUGACCUGGAUGAAACCAUACCCACCAUCCUUGAGGUCUUCAGCAAUAUCCUCCAGCAGUGUGGUUUGCAGGGGGAUGGAGACAGCAGCACACCCCAGAAGCUUGAGGAGAGGGGCCCAUUGACCCCCAGGGACAUGCCUCUCCUGGAGCUAAAGGACGUUAUUCUCUACCUUUGUGAUACCUGCACUACGCUCUGGGCCUUUCUGGAUAUCUUCCCUUUGGCUUGCCCAACCUUCCAGAAACAUGACUUCUGUUACAGACUAGCUUCCUUUUAUGAAACAGCAGUUCCAGAAAUGGAGUCUGCAAUUAAGAAGAGAAGGCUUGAAGACAGCAAGUUGUUGGAUGACUUGUGGCAGAGGUUCUCCCAUUCCAAGAAGAAGCUAAUGGAGGUUUCUCACAUCAUCCUGAACCAGAUCUGCCUCCUUCCCAUCCUAGAAAGCAGCUGUGACAAUGUUCAGGGCAGCUGUGACAAUGUUCAGGACUUCAUCGAGGAGUUCCUUCAGAUCUUCAGCUCCUUGCUACAAGAGAAGAGGUUCCUCCGUGACUAUGAUGAACUCUUUCCUGUGGCUGAAGACAUCAGCUUGCUGCAACAGGCCUCCUCAGUCUUGGAUGAGACACGCACUUCCUACAUCCUCCAGGCAGUGGAAAGUGCAUGGGAAGGAGUGGACAGGCAGAAAGCCAUGCAUACAAAAAAACCAUCAGUGGCCAAGGAUCCUAGUAGAGAUUCUAAUAGGGUCACAGUGACAGCAGAGCCAGCCAGUAAAAUGCUAUCACGACUGGAGAACUCAGAGCAAGAGGAGCUCUCACAGCAGUGCAUUGGAGCAGCGGCCUCCCUAGGCCCCACCAUGGGCGGUGUUGAGCUGGACUCACUCAUCUCCCAAGUGAAGGACCUGCUGCCGGACCUUGGGGAGGGCUUCAUCCUGGCCUGCCUGGAACACUACCACUAUGACCUAGAGCAGGUGAUCAACAACAUUCUGGAGGAGAAGCUGGCACCUGCCCUCAAUAAGCUGAACCGCAGCCUAGUCAGGCAGGCAAAGCCAGUCCCCACGCCCCUACUGACAUCUCGUCACAACAUCUUCCAGAAUGAUGAAUUUGAUGUGUUCAGCAGGGAUUCAGUGGACCUAAGCCGAAUACGCAAGGGCAGGAGGAAGGAGGGGAACACUCGGAGCCUGCUGAAUGACAAACGUGCAGUGGCAGCACAGCGGCAGCGCUAUGAGCAGUACAGUGUGGUGGUGGAGGAGGUGGUGGAGGAGGUGCCACUGCAGCCAGGUGACUACCAUGGUGAACACUAUGAGGAUGAGUAUGAUGAUACAUACGAUGGCAACCAGGUGGGUGCCAAUGAUGCAGACCCAGAUGAUGAGCUCAUCAGCCGCAGGCCCUUCACCAUCCCUAAGGUGCUGAGAACCAAAAUGCCCAGAGAAGGGCAGGAGGAAGAGGAUGAAGAGAAGGAGGUGGAAGACAAGGGCCCCAAGCUUGACCAUUUUGUGCAGGACCCUGCAGUACUGAGGGAGAGGGCAGAAGCCAGGCGCAUGGCCUUCCUUGCCAGGAAGGGGUACCGGCAUGACAGCUCAACAGCAGUGGCCGGCAGCCCGCGGGGCCAUGGACAGAGCCGGGAAACGACACAGGAACGCAGGAAGAAGGAAGCUAACAAAGCAACAAGAAGCAACCACAACCGGAGAACCAUGGCUGACUUCAAGAAAAGCAAAGGCAUGAUCCCUUCCUGAGGCCUCCUCUCCAUCUGGCUCUUUGUGGGCCCCCAACUUCAAUCUGACCCCUCAACAGCCUCAGCUUUGCAACCCCUGAGAAGGCCACCUCGUUGCCCACCAGCCAUCCAGGAGCACCUUCGUGUAGAACACACAUGCUUUAUCCCUUGGCAGAGCCUACGGGCCAUUGAGAAACCUCUUUUCCAGCUGCACGGGUGGAAAGGAUAGCCCCCAAGACAACACCCCCAGACCUCGUGCACCAGACACCACUUCCCUUUACUCCUGGGUGGCAGGAAACCUGUAUGUUCAGAAAGAAAACAACAAGGCCUACAAAUAAAGUUUCUGACCCUUUCCAGCAGCAGCAACAACAACAACAACAAAACAGAGACUUGAUCUUCAUCUCCUUGACCAACCAGCCCAGCUUGGUGACCAGGAUCCACUCCUUGUUCUUGGCCUUGCUGCUACGAGCCCUGUGGGCUGGGCUCCAGCCCCUACCAUACCGUUGGCCUUUAAGGCCACUACUGAAGCCAGGCUAACACAGCCUUCUAUGGAUGGGUCUCUGUUGCCUCUGGACUCUCCUGCUACAUUGGCCCCAUCUACCAUUUGGUGUUUUCUUGAGAAAGAAACUCUUGUUAUUAAUUUAUUAUUAUUAUUAUUAUUAUUAUUAUUAUUAUUAUUAUUAUUAUUAUUUAGAUGAGCAUAAUGGUUCAUGCUUGUGAUCCUA